AUGCAUCACUAUAUUAAAGAAGCUUAUUACAAUGUUAAUUAAGUCGAAUGUGAAAUCCUAUAAGAAUAUUUAGGAUAACCCAAGACUUAGUCAUUAAUGUAUUAUUCAUUAAUCAUUAAUUCUCUUAUAGAUAGUAAUUUGCCAAGUCAUCUGAAUCUAAUAUAUUAGUCACACCAUCAGGAUUAGUAGUAUAAUGUUGUGGUAACACAAAUAUAAUUAAGAAAUUUGGUACUCUUUAAAUGUCAAAAGGUACACAUAUUUGGGAGAUUAUUGCAAUUUAUGAUUGUGCUUAAAUGCAAGUAUUGUUUAUAGUUUUAUUAUUCAAGAUUGGAGUGAGCACUGUUAGUAAUCCAGGAUAAGAGAAAGUUUAUUUAUAAUCUUUCACAGCAAGUACAAUUAGAACAAUAACAGUUAUUCUAAAUAUUGAAUUAGGAGAACUUAAUUUUUAUUUGAAUGGAAAUCAUAAUUAAAAAAAAACACUUCCUGUUGAAAAGAAUGCAACAUAUGUUCCUUUAGUAUAAUUUGCACCACAUGGUAAAGUUGCAGCAUUGAAUCCAUUUGCAUAACAUCCAAAUCUUCAAUAUCCUAGAAUUAAAUGUUUACCCCUUAAUUUAUUUACUUAGAAGAAUUAAUUUUAGAUACCAAAUUUUCAUUUUCUAUAAAAAUUGAUUGAUAUUUAAUCAAAUGAGUUGCAUUGUGAUUAAAUGAUCAAAAUAGCAAAUAAUUUCAUCUAUUUUAAUAAUAAUAAAAUGAAAUUGCUAAGACCUAAAUUAGGAAAAUCAAAUAUUGAUAAUACAUAAUUAAUUAACAUAUUUUCAAAUAGACCAGAAACUCCUUAAUCAAUGAUUUAUAUCAAAUUAAUCAAAUAACAUUAUGAAUUAAUCUCUGAAUCUUUCAUUUGGAAGAAAUCGUUAGAAGAUGGAUUAACAAAUCCAAAUAUGAUAGAAUAAUUUCAUUAAUAUUGGACAUAAGCUAAAUCAUUAGAUACAUAAGUUUUGAUUUAAAUCCCAUAUAUUUUAAUGAAAUAAAUAGUACUUUCAUAAUUAGAUGAAUAUGAAUAAGAUUUUGGACUCAUUUCAAAAAUAGAUGAAUAAGUAGAAAGCUGCAAAGUUAUAAAAAUAAUUAGAAUUUUAUUAGAAAUAGAUGAAUAAUUAUAUGCAAUGACAUUAAACAAUAAACAAUUUGAAUCAUUUAAUGCAACAACAUCUUUCAAUUUAGUUCCAAGAAUAUUCUCUUAAUUUCAUAGAUUAUACAGUUUCUUAGAUUCAAAUAAUUAUCCUUAUGAUAUAAUUUAAUUAACAGAAUUAGGACUUUUAAAACUUCCAGGUUUCUCAAAUAUAUUUAGACAUUUUACUAAUUAUAGACAUUAAAUUGAACCAAUUACUUAUUAGAAUGAUUUAUCUAAUAUUUUACCAACUGAGAAAAUAUACAGUUAUGUAGAUAUUCCUUUAGCUUUGACUAUUAAUAAUAUUCCAUAUGUAGAUUUAGAAUCUAAUUUAUAAUUAGUCAAAUCAGUAAAUGAUUCAAUCUAUUUUACUCUUGUAAAUGAUGAAGGAAAUAUAUAAAUUUGGAAUGGAGAAUUAAGUUUACAUAAAUGUUUGUAAUUUAAUCUUAGAUCAUUUGAAGAAAAGGUAGAAGAUUAAAAUUAAUUGGCUACUCUUUUUGCUGAACCAUAAUCAGAAAAUAAUCCUUCUUCUAAUAUUGAAAAUUAGGAUAGUUUAAGUGAAGAAUCUUAAGAAGCUGCUGUUGUUGUUCCUAAUGAAGAUUUAUUAGAACAACUUUACAAUAUGGGUUUUUCUAUUGAAGCAUCAAAAUAAGCAUUAAUAGAAACUAAAAAUAAAAUAGAAGAUGCUAUUGAAAAAGUAUUUGGAAUUUAAGAGUAGAAGGCUAAAGAAAAAUAAUAAUAAUAAUAAUCAAUAUAAGAAGAAGUUAAAAUAUCUAAAUUAAAACCAUAUUGGACAUGUAAAGAAUGUACUUUAUUAAAUUCAAAUGAAAAUAUCAAAUGUUAAGCAUGUGAUGCUUAACCUCCACAAGAUGCUUAUGAAAAAGAAGAUAUUAUUGCAAUUUAAGAAUAAAUACUUGAAUAAUAAAUAGAAAUUAUAGAAGAAAAUAAUUAGAAAAUAUAAGAGGAUAAUAAUGAAAAAUUUAGAAAUAUUUUCAAAAAUUCUAAAUUAUCAAAUAUCAUUUAAAUCAAUCUUUAAAAACCAUUUAGACAUUUAUUAUUUGCCCAUAUCUUUACUACAGAAUAAUAAUCCUAUCUAGUAUUGAAUAGAUUCUACUAGAGUAUCAAAUACUUAAGUUAAUUUUUUAGAAUUAAUAAUGAAGGAAGUUAUUCAAUUUUAACUAAUAAAACAUAAUAAUAAAUAGUAAAUAUAUAAAAUUUAUUAAAAUUAUUAAAUGAAGGAGAAAAUAGUAGAUUUAUAUAUGAAACACUCUAUCCAGUUUUAACUGUAAAUAUAUUAAAUAUAAUUUUAGUAAUCACAAGAAGAAUUUGAAUUUAAAGAUCAAAUUAUUUUAUAAAUAGAUGAAUUCAUUACAAAUUUGAAUUUCCAAGAUGACAAAAUUAUUAUUUAAGGUACUAAUAAGAGUUGGGAAUGUACAUUAUUUGAUGGUAAUAAAUUAAUAUUAUAAUUUAAGGAGAAAAUUAUAUACCAAAAUUAGUAUUAGUCUAAAACUAAGAAAAGCCAGUAUUAUCAUAAUAAUUGAAUAAUAAAUCUUAAGUAGAUUAAUAAGUUAUUAUUUAAUAAAAUGAUAUUAUUGAAUCUUUUGAUGAUUUAACAAAAUUAACACCUGAAGAAAUCUCUGAUUUAGCUAAAUUAAAUGAACAUUAGGAUGUAUACUUUUAACCUAUUAGUAAUAAUCCUAUGAUCUUAUCAAAAUCUAAUAAUGAUUAUUGGGCUAACAUAAUUGUAGAUGUUAAUCAAAAUAGUGAGAAUGUAAUUUAAUUAAAUUUAUCUAACUAAUAAUAAAUGAUGAAAUUAAUUGUAACAGGAUACAGUGAUAAAAAAUCUGAAUUUAAAUCAGAUGGUAUUAUAUCUAUAGAUGGAUUAAGACCUGAGAAAGAUGAUUAAUUACCUCUUACAAUUUUUACACAUAAAGGAUCUCAAUUUAAUGUUCAACAAUGCAUAUCAAAAAUUUGUUUUGUUUAAUAAGAAAUAUUUUCUACUGUGUAUUCCAAACCAGAAUUUAUAUUCAAACAUUUACAUGGAAAAUUAAUGAGUUUUUCUAAAUUUUCAAUUGCAAGUCCAAAUAAAUUUUAAAAUACUGGAGUUCCUUUAGGAUCUGGAUUAAUUUUUAUUGGAAACAAUGCAAAUGACUUUUUAUUUUGUUAGAAAUUCUAAUCUUUUAAUAAGGAACAAUAUCAAAAAUGGUUUGAAGAUAGACAAAAAGAUAUUAGACCUUUAAAACCUUGGGAACCAGUAGCCUUUUUUGAAUUAGGACCAAAUGAAGAAUAAUUGACAUUCUAAUUAGAGAGUCCUAAAAUAGGAAAAUAUGUAUUAUUAAUGACUUUGUCUGCAAAAUAGACUGAUUAAGUGAAAUUUGAAUAAAAUCCUCUAACUUUGAAUUAUUUUGUUGCAUAUGGUACUGUUGUGAAAGAGAAUAUUGGAGAUUAAUUAAUUUAAAGUCAAUAAUCUUUUGAUUUAUUUAAAGAUAUUACAUUAAAAGUAAAUGGAGAUAUUAUGGAUAAAGGAUAAUGUCAAUUUAGAGAAGAUACUUAUGGUAAUUACAAUAAAUUUAUUUGUGAAAUUCCUGCAUCUUUAUUAACAAAUGUGUAAACUAUAAACAUAGAAUUCUAAAAAUCUGAUUUAAGUUUUCUUUAAAUAAAUGGAGUUAAACAAAAACAUAUUAAUCAAAGGCUUUUGCAAAAAUUACCUCAAGCUCAUUUGAUUACAACUUUAAUGCAUGAUGUUUCAAAAUAUCAUGAAUUUAAUUAAAAACUUAUGUAACUUACACAUAAUAACAAGGCUUCUGAAUAAUAAAGAUUUAGUGCAAUAAAGGUUUUAUGUAAAUUAUUUUAAAGUAUACCUUAAUUUGUGAAUAUAUGCUAUAAAGAUUUAGAUAUUUUAGAAUUUAUUAAAUUAAAUCUACUUACAUAAUAAUAAUAAGAAGAAUCUUGUGUUUAAACAUUCUUUUAAUAAUUCUUAAUUAUACCUGAAUUCAAUGGUUAAUUAGUCAAAGCAGUUAAAGAUAUCAUUAAUAAUAUAUUUACUUUAUCAAAUAUUAUUAAACCUGCAGGUUUCAUUUAAUUGAUUUAAAUGCUAAAGAAAUAUGCUUCAUUGGAUUCAAAAGAAUACUAUCCAUAUAUUUUAAGUCAUUUAAAGUAAAUUGCUAAAUUUAUUCAUAAAAUUGAUUCAACACAUUUCAGCAAAUUGAAUCAAUAACAAAUUUUCUUAAUGUUAACUGAAGAAUAAUUAUUCUCAGAUAGAUACUAUAAAUUGACUUAAUUUGUAGAGGAAACUCCAUUGAUAUCAUAAGUUUUAGGGGAAGUUUAAAAAUAAAUUCAAAUUAGUACCAAAGAAAAGGUUGAAUAAGAUAAACCAAAUAAUUUAAGCAUUCUUGAUAUUAAUAUUAAGAAACCUCUUUAUUCAAUUAUUUAAUUUAAUAGAUAACCUCAUUAUGAUGAAUACACAAUUGAUCUCUUAUGUUCAUAUGAUUUACAUCAAUUUUAAUUAGUAUUUAAUACUCCUUAGAUAAAUUGUAGAGUAAUUAGAGUGACUUUAUAUAAUGGAUAGACUAAUGAACCUAUUUUAGAUGUCAUAUUACCAGAUUGGCUAUUAAUUUAAUUGACAAAGUAUGCAGAUUAACAUGCAUCAAAUAUGCCAAAGAGUAAAUUAAAUGUUAUUUCAUGGAAUAUUAAAGUUAAGGAAGUAAGAACUUUAAAAUUGUAAAUCACAUAUUCAUUAAGUGCUGCUACUAGAACAAAAGAAGAGAGUAAUACUGCUCCAAAAGAAUUGUGCAUUAUUCCUUAAUUCAAAGGAUAAUUGAGUUAAAGUAUAGAAAAAUAGGAUUAAAUUUAGACUUAACUAUUUUUAAUUGAGGAUGAAUUAGUGUUUGAAAAGGAUUUAAGUUUUGUUAACUCUUUGAAAUACUAAAAAUAUAUAAGUUAAGGAACAAUUUAUUUAGAUUCAGCUUAAAUUUUAGGAAUGAAACAAAAAUCUGUAUAAUUACAAAUAAAAGAAUAGAAUAAUUCAAAUAGUCCACAUACUUAAAUGAUAUCUUAAUAUUAUAGAGCUUUACUUGUAUAAAAAUAAAAAGAAUUAAAAUAAAAAUUAUAAUAAAAUUAAGGAAAAGAAAAGAUUUAAGAAACAAUCUAAAUUAUUAGAAAAUUAUAACUUGAACUUAUUCAAGAUCCUAAUUCUAACAUAAAUUUAAGUAAAUCUUUAGAUUUUUUAUACACUUAUGCAUAUGAACUGAUAAAAAUAUUAAUACAUGCUGAUUCUACAUGUCAAUAAUGGAGAUCAGAUGUAGCUUUAAGAGAAUAAGAAGGAUUGAAAAUGGCCUAAUUAAUUUACAAGACUUUUGUUUAAGCAAAUUAAGGUCCUAUUACAGAUAUCAGUUUUCAAAUACUUAAUAUUAUAUUAAAUAAUUUGAAUUUAAAAUAUUGGAUUCUAUUUACAUUUGCUCAAUAUUAGAAAAUUGAUUAAGAUAACAAUAUUUUAAAUACCUUGAAAAUACUUCAUAUCCCUAUUUGCUAGACUAUAAUGUACAUUUCAAUUAUUUUAAAUGAAAAAUAAUAAAUUAAAUAAGCUUAAUAAUUAAUUGGAUUAGUGUUGACAAAAUUAGUAGAUUAAUAAUAAUUUAACAAUAAGGAAUUAGUGGAUCCUUAAAUCUAAAUAAAACCAUUAGGAACAUUAAGAUCAACAAGUAGUCAAGAUUUAGAGAUUGGAUAAGUGGAAAAAUUAACAGAUGAAUGUUUUGAAUUAACAAAACUAAAAGUAUUUACAACUCUCUUUUCCAUUAUGAAAUGGAUUUUAUAAAAUUAAUAAUAAUAUUAAAUCUAAGAUGUACAAAACUUAUUUUUAAAAACAAGUAGUGUAUUGAUGAAAUUAAAUAAUGAUGAACUUAUUUUAUUUGUAACAGAAAUUAUAAAUCCUACAGAUCCAACUUAAUCAGGAUUAUUUUAAUUAUUAGCUAAUGCUAUAUAAUCAAAUGAUUCUAAUACAAUCUUAAAUUAAAUCAAAUUACUUAUAGAAAAAUUAUGCACUCCAUAAACUUAUAAACUUAUUUUUUAUUUCUUUUAAAUUGUAUUGAAUGCUAUAGUUAAGUAUGCAAAUGAAAAUCUUUCAAUAUUUGAAAAGCCAUUAGAUAGUUCAGCUUGGUUUUCCUUUUUAUCAUUUGUAGUAGGUUAAUUAAUAUAAUUAUCAAAUAUGAAUAUUAAUUAAGGAGAUUAAAAAUAAAAUUAAAGAAAAAGAUCAAUAAAAUAUUAGACAAUUUAGAAUUUUUAAGAAUUUUCAGAAAAAUUAGAUGAAGGAGGAUUCUUUCAAAUAUGUAAUAUAGAAACUGUAUCAUAAAUGAUUAGAUUCUUAAUUGAACCAAGAAAGAACUUAAUCAAUAAUGAAACUUUAGAGAAUUCAUUAACUUAUUGGGGAUUGUUGUUAAAUUUGAUUAGUAAGAUUCCAAUUCAAUUAAUUAUGGAAUACAAGAUAUAUGAUUAAUUAUUAUCAAUUUACUUGAAAUUAGAUACAACUAAAUAAACAGCAAUAUAAUUUAGAUUUAUUGAAAUGACAAAAUCAAUAUUAGAACAUACUUAAAGUAUUGAAUUCAAUAGUAAUUUAAUUAAAUAAAUUUUCUAAUAUUAAGGAACAACACUUAUAGAUGGAUUAUUAAAUAUUGUGGCAUCUUAAGAAAGGAAAAUAAGUGCAUCAAUAUUUAAAGUAAUAUUCUCAGAAACUGCACAUUAUUUAUCUAAAUAUUGUAAUGUUGGUAGACAUGAUGGAGUUUAUAGUUGUGAAUUAUCUUUAUUGAAAAAAUUACUAUUCGGAAACAAAUUAUUAUAAUUAAUGAAAAAAGCAGAGUGUCCCAUAAAAGUAUAAAUUUUAAUAUAAGAAAUACCAUAAUAUGGUGAUAUUAUUAAUAAAUACAUUCAUUGGUAUAUGCUUAAUAAAUCAAAUAUACCUAAUGUUACACCUGCUACUGAGAUCUUAGGAUGUAUUAGUAAAUAAGUAAGAUAAAUAUUUGAUUGGUUAUAAAUAGAUUAAUAAUUAGCAACAGAAUCACUAAUUCAAUUAUUCAAAUUUUAAAAAGAAUUCGAUAUUGUUAUUUAAGAAUAGAUGAAUCAAAUGACAAAUAUAUUAGGUUAUUCAUUAUUAAAACACACUUAAGAGAUUUUUGAAGAAUUAAAUGAAUUAUGGAUGACUACUGAUUAAGUAGUUAGAGAAAUAGCUAUAAAUGGAAAUGCUUUUGAAUAUUUACUUGAAAAAACACAUUUGACUUCAACUACUUAUGAAGAUAAGACUGAAUCAAAUGAAUAAUAACCAUAAGAAGAAGAGUUUGCCAAUAAAUUAGUUAUGAUUGAAUCUUCAAAACCUCCUGGAUAACCAUAAUAGGUAAAAGAUUGGUAAGUGAAUAAGAAGGGAGUCAAAGCAAAAGUGCAUGUUUUAACACUUAAAGAUGAAUUAUCUGAAGAUUACAUACUUGAAUUCUAAUUAGAAAAAUGUAUUGAAUUAAAAUAAAUAAAAAUUGGAUUUUAAGCUUACACUCCAGAAUAUAAUGAUAGGAUAUUGGGUAUACCAGAGGUUGUGGUUGUUGAAGUUAAGAAUAAGACUUCAGAUAAUCUUUGGUAUCCUAUUGGUGUAAUGACUUUAAUAGAAGAUGAAGCAUAUACAUAUUAUAGUGUGAAAGUGAUGGCUUUGAAUAUUUGGAGAUUAACUGGUUAAGGUAAUUUAAAUUAAUAACUAAAAUCAUUGAUUCAAUAACCUAUAUCUUAUAUAAGAUUUAUAAUGAAAAAACCAUAGAUUACAUUUUUGGAAUAGAUUUCUUAAUUAUCUUUCAAACAAUACAAUAAUAUUCAAAUUGGUGUAAGUUUUAUUUCAAUUACAGGAUAUGAUUCAUAAAUAAAUAGAAAUAAAUAAAUAUAAACAAUUUAAGAGAAAACAGCAAGUAGAUUAUUAGGGAAGAUGUGUUCUUAAAAGUUUAGAAAUACAUUAUAUGAUAUCAGUAAUAAUUAGAAAAUAAUAUAAUAAAUAAAAAAGAGUUUUAAAAAUAUUAGUUAAGCAUUAUAAUCAAAUGAAUCUACUUUAUCUCCACUUUUUAUAGGAUUAACUAAAUAUAAUCCAGAAUUUGGAGAUUGGGUAUUAGAAUAAAUUAUGGAUAUCACAUUAGAAUGGGCACAUGCUAAAUUAACUGCUGAAAUAGUAUUGUAAGAUAAGGAUAAAUAAUUAGAUAGAUUAAAGAGAUUUUUAGAUUAUAUUUUGAAUUAAAUUAAAUAAAUUAAUUAGAUUGUUAAAUCAUAAGAUUAAUUCACAUAAUUAACUCUUUUAAUUGAAGCCUUAACUUAUGCUAUAUUAAUAUCAAGUAAAUAAAAGAACAAGGAUCCAAUAAUGUUAGAAGUAGAAGAAUAAGAUUUCUUGAAUAUACUAUAGGCAAUUGAAGUUACAAGUUAAUCAUAUGAACAUUCUAAUAUGAUAAUUAGAUUAUUCAUUACACUUAUUAAGUUACCUUAACCAUAUGUAUUGAAUAUACAAUUAUAACAAACUGGUAUUAUAGAUAUGACAUCAUAGUUAUUGUAAAAGUAAUCAUUAUAUAAAUUAAAAUUACUUUCUAUUUUAGUACAAAUUAGUAAUGAUGUUGUUAGUUUAAUUAAACCUUUUAUACCUAAUAUCUUUGAAUAAACAAUUGAAUCAUUGAAAAAGACAGACAAUACAACAUUAUCUGAUUACUUUUUCUUCUUUGAUUCUUCAUCUAAUGUUCCUGAACUCAAUAAAUUCUAUUGUGAUAAUAAUUAUCAUUUAUAAGUUUAUGAAAAUUUGAAAGUUCCAAAUCCUACUAUAACUUUAUUAAAAUAAAUUGAUUAAUUGACAUUAAGUCAUAUUGUUAAUUUUAUUGGUAAAAUAACUUUAUCAACACCUGAAGCAAUUAAUUAAUUGGCUUAAAAAUUGAUUAAUGAUAUUCAUUUAUUAUCAUAAAUUGUAGAUAUCACUUAUGUUGAAAAUGUACUCAUACCAUUACUUAAUUUUGAAGAAAAAGUAGAUUUUACAAUUGAUAUAUGGGAUAAAGAAAGUUAAAUAUAUGUUGGUGAUAUAAGAAAAUUGAGUUCUCUUCAUAUUUAAGAAGAUGAAAAUACUGAAAUUAGUGGUUCUGGAUCUCAUGAAUUAAAUGGAUUCUAAGCUAAAGAAUUUACUCCUUAAUAUUAUGAUUCCCUAUAAUAAGCAAUUUAGAAAGUUAUUAAAACAAAUUCCUUAAAGAAAGGAGGAAGAUGGGUUAAAGAAAUGGAAUUAUAAUAAGGAGGUUCAUAUUUUCAUAAAACAUUAUCUACUCUAUAAAAGGGACCAUUCUUAAUAUUAUUAUUUGGAAAGAAUAAUAAUUAGAGUGAAAAUUGUAUUAUUGGAUUAUUCAGUACUUAAAAAUGUGGAAAUUUGGUAAGUGAAUUCUAACAUGAUUAUUAUCCAGGAGAAGUAUAUCCUAUUCCAGAAAAUGGAGAAUAAUUUGGAUUUACAUAUGAAAAAGGUAAAAUCUAUCAUUUGUUAAAUAAUGAUCGUAAAACAUUUGGUGUUGGAAUGGAUCAUGUUAAUGGAGGGUCUUUUUCAUUUUUAUUAGAAAGAAUCAAUUUAACAUUUUCUGAUGAUCAAGAAGUAUCUAGUGUUUCUAUUGGAAUACAUGAUUUUGAACUCUUAGAAUAAAAACCAGAAGAAGAUUAUUAUUUUGAUGAUUUCUGGAUGUAAAGAAUGGAAAUUUGGAUAUAUUAAUAACCACAAUAAGUAUCUAAAAAUACUUAAAAACCAUUAUUUAGUGGAUAAUAAGGAAAUUAAUUAAUAGAAGCUAAUGAUACUUCUACUUUUGGUUAUGGAAUACUUAGUAAUCCAAUAUUAUAAGAUAAAUAUUUUGCCAAAUAAUCUGUCUUUAAUUAUUUAAGUGCCACUCCUAUAUAUUCCAUACCAGGAAAUUGUACUAAUACAAAUAUUUUGUAAUGUAUCUAUAUUUCAAAUAUGUUUAUAAAUGAAUAAGCCAUUAAAAAUUCUUCUAUUAUUUAAAUUAAUGGUACAUUAAAUUAAUAACAACAUAUUAAACCAUUCCCAACAUUUACAGUAGAUGGAUUAGAAUUAUUAGGAUAAUUAAAUUCUCUUACAGAAACUCCAUUGUAAUAUUCAGCUUCAUUAAAAAUCUUUGAAGCAUUUUAAAAUUAAGAUGGAGUUAAAUAAAUUAUUUUAGCUGUUUAAGAUGCAACUAAAAAAUGGUAAAAUUAAGAAUUAACAUAAAUUUGGAAUUCAUAUGUAUCUGAAUUAAGUGCAUUUUGUUCAGUACCAUAAUUUUUCAGUUAUUAUUUGAAGAAUAAGAAAUCUAUGGAAUUGUUAUUUUAAUUAUUAGCAGGAAUUCCAGACUAACCUAAUAGUGAUGAGAAGGCUUGGAAAGAAAAAGAAAUUGAAGCAGUUAAAUUCAUUUAUGAUACUUUAUCUGAUGUAUUUAAGACACAUAAUAAUUAAGAAAUUAGAAAUAUUGCUAUAAAAGAUAAUUUAAUUUAAAAGAUAUUAGAUAAAAUUGCUAUUGUAAGUAAGGAAAAGAAAAGAGUAUAUUAAGCUAUUAUACUUGAAGAACCUUAAUAAUAAUAAGUUUAAAUAAUAUAAGGAGAUAAAUCAGUUGAUAGAAAACCUAAAAAGAAAUAAGGUGUUGGUUAUGGUAGUGAUUAAACUGGAUAAAAUUAAAAAUGGAAUACUUAAGAAUAUUUAGAUAAAAAGAAAAUUAGAUCAGAAUAGUUAAAAUCUCUAUUAGAAAUUAUUAGAAACUUUUUCAGUUAUGAUAAUUGGCAUUUAAAUUAGGAAUUAUCAUAAUAAAUUAAUGAAAUGAUAUUUGAAAGUGCUUUGUUAUCUUUAUUAGAAGCUGCAUUUAGAUCAGGUUCAUUAUUAGAGAUGUCAAAAGAUUUUGAUCUCAAUUUAUGUUAUCUUCAAUUAACUAAAACUUUAGCAAAACAUAAAAACUUAACUCCAUUAUUAUUAAAGAUACCUACAAAUUAUAUUCCUAAAUAAAUUGAAUCUAUAGCCUAAUUAUUAAGUAACUUAAAAAAUAUAGCACACAUAUUCUUAUCUUGUUUAAAAACAAAUGAAUUAUCAGAAAAAGAUUAAAUUUCAAAGUAAAUUGCUACAGUUAUUAUUGAAACAGAUACAUGUGUUUAGGAUGCAAUAGAAAGAUUUUAAUGUGAUUAAUCAGAUAAUGAAUAAGAAGAAGCAAAAGAACAUGAAUUAUAAGAAAUACUCAAAUUACCAUUAAAUGAGGCUUAUAAAUUAUUAUUAAAAGACUUAAGAUUCGAUUACGUUUCAUUUAAAGGAUAAAAUUAAUAAUAUUAACACUAUUAUGAUAAAUAGAUAACAUAAGCUCCAAUUCCAACACCAGCAAAAUUGAUUCGUUUAGCUUAAGAGUUUGCAGAUAUGUCUAAUUCCUUACCUGUCGAACAUACAAAUUCAAUAUUUGUUAGAGCUGAUAAAGAUAGAGUAGAUGUAAUAAAAGCAUUGGUUAUGGGAGCAUCUGGGACACCAUAUGCUCAUGGAGCCUAUUUAUUUGAUAUAUAUUUUGAAGAUCAAUAUCCUAAUACUCCUCCAAAGAUGAAUCUAUCAACUACUGGAGGUGGAAAGAUCAGAUUUAAUCCAAAUUUGUAUGCAUGUGGUAAAGUGUGUUUAUCAUUAUUGGGAACAUGGAGAGGACAUGCAUCUGAAAAUUGGGAUCCAAAAUUAUCAACUAUUUUAUAAGUAUUAGUUUCAACUUAAGCUAUUAUCAUGUCUGAGGAUGUGUAUUUCAAUGAACCAGGAUUUGAAGGAGAAGCAGGUUAAUAAGAUGGUGAAAUGAAGAAUGAGGCUUAUUCAAACAUAGUUAGAUAUGGAAAUAUAUAAUAUGCAAUGAUUGAGAAUAUCAAGAACCCUCCUGUAGGAUUUGAAACUAUUAUAAGAAGACAUUUUUAUUUGAAGAAAAUAGAAAUUAUGGAAGAGGUUAAGAAAUGGCUUCAAUAUGCAGAGUAAAGAUAAGCCUUAUAUAUGGGUUUGGUUAGUGAUCAUAAUAGCCAAUGGUGUUCAGUAUUCAAGAAAUCGAAGACUUAAUAUUUGGAAAUGUUAAAGGAUGCAACUGCUGAAUUAGAAAAGGCUUUAAAUAGUUUAUAAUAGCCAAGUAUAAAAGAAAUUAGUCCAAAAAUAAAUUAAAGAAGAAAAAAGAAAUAAUAAGAAAAUUAAGUUAAUGUUGAAAAGGUCACUGAAGGUAUUCUCAAUUUAGAAGAAGUUGAUAUGACAUAUGAUAAAGCUAUUUAAGAAUAAGUGAUGGAUGUGAGUAGUGAAUAAGUAAGAGAUAGAUGGAGUAGAUAUAUAGGAGCUAUGGGAAUUGAAGCAGUUAAAAAAUAAGCAAAUGCAAAAGUCUUACUUUGUGGAAUAGGUUCUUUAGGUGUUGAGAUUGCUAAAAAUGUUGUACUCUCUGGAGUUGGAGUUUUUGCUGUUUUUGAUAAUAAAGUAGUAAAUGAAGAUGAUUUAAUUGGACAGUUCUUCCUUUCUUAAUCAGAUAUAGGUAAAUAGAGAGCUGUUGCAUGUAUAGAUAAAAUCUAAUAAUUAAAUAAUUAUGUUCGAGUCAAGGUUAUAGAAAAGGAUGUAUAAUAGUAUAUAACUACAGAGAAAUUUGAUAUAGCUAUUUUAACAGAUGUCUAUGAUUAUAAUGAACUUACAUGUUGGGAUAAUCUCUGUAGAACUCAUUCUAUCAAACUUAUCAUUGCUAAUGCCAAUUCUGUUUAUGGAAGAAUAAUAAAUGAUUUUGGAUCUGAGUUCAAAGUUAUUGAUAAGAAUGGUGAGGAUAUUCCAGAUGUAUUGAUUAAAUCCAUUUCUGGAGAAGGAGUAGUGGAAUUAUUGGAUGGACAAAGAUCUCAAUUUGCAGAUGGAGAUUCAAUUAUUUUAUUACAAGUAUAAGGAAUGUAAUAUGGAGAUUAAUCAAUCAACAAUCAACUUCUAAAAAUCCAAACAAUUUCUACUAAGAAAUUCAAGAUAUUAGAUGAUAUUUCUAGAUAUACUCCUUAUAUUUCAAGUGGAAUUGCUAGACAUGUAAAACAAACAAUUACAUUCACUAAUAAACCAUUGGAUGUCAUUAUCAAUAGUGAUGACUGCUUAGAUUCCAAUUUGAAAGACAGUGAUAGCAUUAAGCCAGUCGAACAAAAUCUAUUACAUCUGGCUUAUAGAACAUUAUCAUACAACAAUGGAGAUCUUAAUAAUCUACUUGAAUCCAUUAUUAAGUUCGAUAAGGGAAACUUUAUUUAAUAAAAUUCAAAAAAUGCAAAGUAUUUAGAAUACUAUCUCAAAAUAUUUUAGAAGGUUUUCACUUUACCAGCAUUCCCUCCUCUAGCUGCUUAUCUAGGAGGUUUUGUAUCAUAAGAAAUAAUUAAGGCUCUAACUAAUAAAUUUACUCCAAUCAAUCAAGCUUAUUAUUUUGAUUGUAUAGAAGUGUUACCAUUUUAAAUAUGGGAUGAAAAAGGUGAUUAGUAGGCUUAGAUCCAAAUAUUAGAUUAAUUUUAACUAACAGGAAAAGAUUCUUUAACUAAAUUAAUGGGUGAAGAUUUAUACUAGAAAGUAAAGAGCACUAACUUAUUCAUGGUUGGUUGUGGUGCUAUAGGAUGCGAACUACUCAAGAAUUUUGCUAUGAUUAAUUUAAGUAUUGAAGGAUAAAUCACUAUAACUGAUCCUGAUCAUAUUGAAACUUCUAAUCUUAAUAGAUAAUUCUUAUUUAGAGAAAAACAUAUUCAUAAACCAAAGUCUUAAACUGCAGCUGCAGCAGUCAUUCAAAUGAAUCCUCUUCUUAAAGGUAAAUUAGUUGCUAGAAUGGAUAAAGUACAUGAACAAACUGAAAAUAUUUUCAAUGAUCAAUACUUUGAAUAAUUAUCACUUGUUGCUAAUGCUCUUGAUAAUGUUUAAGCAAGACGAUAUGUAGAUCGUAGAUGUGUUAAAGCAAAAAUACCAUUAUUAGAAUCUGGUACUUUGGGACCCAAAGGUCAUGUGUAAUGCAUCAUACCAUUCUAAACAGAAUCAUAUAAUAGUAUGUAAGAUCCUGUAGAAGAAGGAGAGAUUCCUUAUUGUACUUUAAAAAUGUUCCCUGAAGAGACAUUCCAUUGUAUUGAAUUUGCUAGAGAUAAAUUUAAUAAACUAUUUUCAUUGAAACCAAAAUUAGCUAUGAAUAUUAUAGAUAAUAAAUCAUUUAAUCCAUCAAAUCCAGAUGAAAUUAAAUAAUUGAAAUCUACUAUCAAAUUACUAUAAUAUGCACCUAAUAAAUUCGAAGAUUGUAUUUAAUGGGCUAAAAACAAAUUUUAUAAGUACUUUAUAAAUGAUAUAAAAUAACUAUUGUACACAUAUCCUAUUGAUGUCAAAACUAAAGAUGGAUAACCAUUUUGGAAAUUACCAAAAAGACCUCCAAAAUGUUUAAAUUAUGAUAUUGAAAAUCUUAUCGUAGUUUAAUUUAUAUCAACUAUGGCUUUUUUAAGAGCUAAACAAUACAAUCUACUCACACCAGGUGACUGGAGAUAAGAAAAGAAUAGAAUUGAUGUAGCUAUAUUAGGUUAGAAAAUGAAAUGUAAGGAAUGGAUACCUAAUGAUUCAAAAAAGAAGGAGAUGGAAGAAUAAGUAUUGAAAUUAGAAAGCAAAUAAUAAAAAUAAUAAGAAGAAGAAUAAGAAUAAGAAAGUAAUAUAUUUGAUGAUACAUCAAAAUUAUUAGCAUAAAUUGAAGAUUUAAGAUCUGCUGGGUAUUUAUAUAUUUAUUAUUUAUAGAAUUAAAUUAUAAUCAUAAGAAUUUGAGAAGGAUUGUGAUAUGAAUGGUCACAUAGAUUUUAUUCAUUCUCUAGGAAAUCUAAGAGCUUUGAAUUAUGGUCUAGAUGAAAUGGAUUGGAUUACUGUGAAAUUAAAGGCAGGUAGAAUAGUUCCUGCUUUAGCUACUACUACAGCAGUUGUUUCAGGAUUAUAGACAAUUGAAUUAGUCAAAAUUUUAAAGAAUUGCAAACUUGAAAAUAUGAAAAAUGGAUUUAUUAAUUUAGCUGUUCCCAUUGUUUAGUUGACUGAACCAAUGAAAGCUGAAACAAUCAAACUUAAUGAAGGAGUGAAUGUCACUUUAUGGGAUAGAUGGGAUGUGAAGAUAGGAAAAGAAAUCACCUUAUAGAGUUUAUUCCAACAUUUGAAAGAAACUUAUCAUUUAUAACCCAUUAAUGUUUUCAAAUAAUCCUCAGUUAUUUAUAUGCAUGACCUUCAUAAAGGUUCAGCUGUAUUUACUUAGCCAAUCAUUGAAUUAUUGGAUGUUAAGGUUCAAAUUUAUUAUUUAUAUUAAUAGAAUGACUAUGUCGAUUUAGUAAUUAAUUUUGUUAAAGAUGAAUAAAUCUUAAAAAAUGUACCUGAAGUUAGAGUUUACUUUAAUGAAUGAU